AUGCUCACUGCCAUCAAAGACGCUGGUAUCAAGGUGCGCAAAUGCUUUCGGAACCCCAAGAUGAUCAUCACAUACCUUUGGUUUAGCACCAUGUUAUUCGGCUUCAUGUAUGCAAUUGCUGCGAUUGUGGCGGCUGUCAAUAAUGACGGCAAAGGCGAGAGUGAUUCGAAGUCGUUGGGCUUCGUAGGCGUCUGGGCUAUGAUUUUAAUUGUCGCUCUUUCAGUGGGAGGCACAAUGGUCAUGCGUAAUCACCGAACGCCACUGGCUGUAGGCUUUCUCAUUGGCGUCGUGUUGAUGAUGUCACUGCAGAUGUUUUCACUGUCAAUCAUCUUUGCGGGUGCCGCCUACUUGGCUCGCAUCGAGCGUGAUAAGGGCGACAAACACACCAACGUACACUCAAACGAUGCUGGCUCGGUCUUUUCCUUCUUCAUGUUUAUUCUCUACGCUUUUUUCACUAUUGUAUUGGUGCGAUACCGCAAUAUCGUCAUCAAAGAAGGUGUAAACUUGGACCCAAACGCUAUCAACGACAUUGACAAGAACUUGGCGAGAACGGCUGCAUCUCCACGUGUCAUCUACAAAGACGUAAGCAUUCCUGGCUCACUCACCCCAUCCGUCAGCGUUUAA